CAGGCAAAUCUCCGCCCUUCCUCAUAAAACCCCAGUCCUUGGACGUCGUGGGUCAGACUCAGUUUUUACCGUCUUACACAGCGGAGAGAGGCAUCGAAGCCUCAGGUUUUGAGGACCCGGAACCAGCAAACAGUCGGCAUUUUACUUGAGAAGGGCCUGAAACGACCGAUUAGGAAAAUAGCUGCCUAUGCAUUUUCUAUAAAACCAGGAGAGAAGAGAGGUCAAGACAUCAUCGGCGAGACCCGACUACAGUCCGUUUUGGGGGAAAGAGACUGACAUCCCAGCGGCGCCUGUCUUCGCUCCAGGGAGGAGGCCCAGCCCCGCUGCCGUCUCCUACGCGAGCCGGUAUGAGCUCCAGAGGUGGUGGAGGCCGCUCCAACGGCACGCUACCACAGACCAAGAUCUGCCAGUUCAAGCUGGUGCUGCUGGGCGACAUGGCCGUGGGCAAGUCCAGCCUGGUGCUGCGUUUCGUCAAGGGACAGUUCGAUGAGUUCCAGGAGACAACCAUAGGAGCUGCAUUCCUGGCCCAGUCAGUGUGUCUAGAUGAUACCACAGUGAAGUUUGAGAUCUGGGACACUGCAGGACAAGAGCGAUACCACAGCCUGGCUCCUAUGUAUUACCGUGGAGCUCAGGCUGCCAUCGUCGUCUUUGACAUCACCAAGCCGGAGACUUUUGAGAGAGCCAAGGCCUGGGUGAAGGAGCUGCAGAGGCAGGCCAGUCCCAACAUUGUUAUUGCCCUGGCCGGGAACAAGGCUGACCUGGCAGAAAAGAGACUAGUAGAGUAUGAGGAAGCCCAGACGUAUGCUGAAGACACUGGCCUGCUCUUUAUGGAGACCUCCGCCAAGACAGCCAUGAACGUCAAUGAGCUCUUCCUGGCCAUUGCAAAAAAGAUGCCAAAAACAGACACCCAAAACCCUACACAUGCAGCGCGACAUCGGGGAGUCAAUCUCCAGGACCCAGAUGCCCACUCUACCCGAGCCUGCUGCGGUGGGAACUAGACCUCCACAACCCCCACCAGUAUUCCACCAUCUACACCACCACAGCCCUUCAACCAUCCUGUCUCCUUCAACCAACUUACAGGGGUGGGCUUGAUGCAAGGGGGGGAAACCCAGUAUCUACUCACCCAGUUCCCCUCCAUUCAUCCUCCUGUCCAAGCAGACAGAAAUUCAAAGGAGAGUAUAAGAGGAAAGAGAGAGCAAGCAGAGAUGGAGGAAAAAGACACGAGGUUUCACAUCUGUGUCUCUUGACCAACAACUGAGAUUCUGCAUCUGGAAAUUACAAGCGGAGGUCUGGUGAAGACUGAGAUUGAGAGGAGUAAAAUAAAGAAUGUGGAAGACAGUGGCAAGCCUGUUGUAGUAUUUAGCACUAAUUGUGAAUUUUCUUUCGUUUUUCACUCUGCCUUGCAACAUUUAAGUCACAGCCGUUUGAUUGUGUAAAAAUGCACAAACUGAGCAGCACACGCUGGCGAGUGGCCAAGACAGGAAGGGAGAAAAAAAACGGCCAAAUCAUAAAAUAAAGAAGCCAAACAGUUUGGUUGUGGCGGCUUUCUUCUUCUCCUUGUCAGAGCUUGCACCUGCUUGCUUCGUCUCCUCCUAGUCAUGAAUCAACCAAAUCCUGCUGUGAAUAGUGCCACAUAUUGUAUCCCUGGAACGAUCCCAUGAUUCAUAAUCCCUCUCUGUCCUGCCUGACCUUCCCCGGUGUCACUGGCUCCAUCCAGGCCCACAUCAGACAGUGCGUAUUUAUUGUCCUGUGUUUUGACUAAUCUUGACCGCUGGUAGUGGUGCUCCGGUGUCUCUGAGGCAUCCCUUCCAUUCCAUUCAUUCUCCUUUUGUCCACAUAGAAACUCAAACUCAUAUUGUGAAGCAAACAGUUAAACUUAGCAAAAGUUCUGAUUUAAUGAGAUUGUUUGGCUUUACAAGAUUAAUGAUUUUACAUUGUGUUUCUCACAGAUACAUUUGGCCCGACAGACUUGCUAGUUUCACGACAGAUUGGUGAAAUUUUGGUUGGGCUUCAAGGGGCUUGCUUGAGUGCUCACAAGGAAAAAUUUUAAGCAUCACAGGCUGUAGCUCCUUAUAGCAACAAUAUAGGCUUGAUAUUGAGUGUAUGAAGUCACGGGACUUUAAUAUUGCUAUGUAUGUAGCAAAGAAAGCAUCCCUCAAACCCAAAGAAAGCAUCGCAUACUUACUAAGUCCCUGUUUUGAAUGAAGAGCUUAAUCUCAUUUUUCAAUUCUUACAGUGAGUGACAGCCCAUCUGUGGCUCUGCCCAGAUUAAAAUAUUGGCACCAGGUAAAUUAAGAUAUAGGGGGCCGGUGUCCUAAAAGAAUUGUUAGGGACGGAGUGAAAGGCAGAAAGGUAAGAAAAUAUGAGAUCUGUAAUAGACCUGUACCCUGCCCUGUAGGAGAAAAUCUGGCCAGGUUGUGUUUUUGUUGCGUUCCUCAUCUGCCCUUUGUCCUGAGGCUAAGUUGUUGGUGAACAUGAAAUCAUAGUGAUCUUAAACGGUUUGACUGAUUCAUUUAACUUAAUAUGAUGCUCUUAAAAUAGAGUUGUGUGCUGUUUGGUUGCUGCCCAAAGCUUGGCUGAAUAAAAUGACAGAACUGAUGAACACACACACACACACACACACACACACACACACACACACACACACACACACACACACACACACACA